AUGGGUGCACAAGUGCCAAUCGCGGAAGAUGGAACGUCACCGGUGGAGCAGCAGCAACAGCAGCUACUCUUCUCCGUGGUCGAUUAUGUCAUCUUUUUCUCAAUGCUGGGCCUUUCCGCCCUGAUCGGCGUGUACUAUGGGUUCUUCGCCAAGCAGAAGCAAAACAAUACCGCCGAGUAUCUGCUCGGUAGCAAGCAGAUGAAGGUGUUUCCGGUGGCGAUGUCGAUGACGGCAACACACAUUUCGGCCAUCACAAUGCUCGGCGUGCCGGCUGAGAUGUACAAGUAUGGAAUCCAGUACUGGGCUUGCUCGAUCUCGGGCCUGAUCGUCACCAUCUUUAUGGUGUACGUCUUCUUGCCGGUCUUUCACGAGCUGCAGACGCUGUCCUGCUAUGGCUACAUCGAGCAGCGUUUCGACAAGCGCACUCGCGGGUUGGCAAGUGGCUUGUUCCUGUUCUACUGCCUUCUAAACACACCAGUGAUCAUUUACGCACCCGCCAUUGCCUUCAGUCAAGUUACCGGUAUCAAUGUCCACAUCAUUACACCGAUGAUUUGCUGUAUCUGCAUAUUCUACACCACCUUCGGGGGCAUACGCGCCGUAAUCUGGACCGAUACGUUACAAUUCGGCGCCAUGAUUUGCGCACUGUGCGUCGUCAUGACCCUCGGCACACUGCAACUGGGUGGAGUCGUGAACGUGUUCGAACUGGCCGAAGCUGGCGGUCGUCUGAUUUGGUUUAACAUGAACCCGGACCCGUACCUACGAUCCUCGUUCUGGCUGGUGUCGGUGGGACUCACUUCCAUGUGGAUCUCGAACAUCGGUGUGACGCCGGAGUGUGUGCAGCGCUUUUUGACCAUUCCGGAUAUUUCCAGUGCCAAAAAAGCUGUCUGGAUCUUUGGCGUGGGCCAUAUAGUGGUGAAACUGUGCUCCGUCUACAACGGGCUGCUAAUAUUCGGCAAGUACCACGACUGCGAUCCCAUCCACGAUGGUACGGUGCAGAAGUACGAUCAGAUCUUCGCCUUCUACGUCCUUGAUGUGGCACGCAAGAUCCCGGGCCUGCCAGGACUGUUCGUGGUGGGCAUCUUCUCAGCCGCCCUGUCGUCGCUAUCCACCAGCAUGAACACACUUUCCGGCACGCUGUUCGAAGACUUUGUGCAGCCGAGGUUCUCGUUCAAGGACGAAACGGCAAGCACGAUCGUGAAGUGCAUGGUCGUGACGAUCGGCGUGAUCUGUCUGCUGCUGGUGUUCGUCGUCGAGCAGCUGGGCAGCAUCUUUAGUCUUGCGAUCUCGGUGUCCGGUGUCACCUCGGGUACGAUGCUGGGCAUCUUCUUUCUCGGCAUGUUCUCACCGCACGUCAACGGACGUGGAGCGUUCUGGGGAGCGAUCGCGUCGCUCGUUUCGCUUAGUGCGAUAGCCGUCGGCGCACAGCUUGAGAUUCUCGGCGGACACCUGAAGUACGAAAGCUUACCGUUCCGCUACGAUGGCUGCGAAGGGUUUAAUGCGACGGGUACGGAAACGAGAACGUUCUAUCGGGACGCCGAAAACCACGACAACUCCGAGGUGCCGUGGGUGUUCCGCCUCGGAUUCAUGUACUACUCGCUGCUGGGCACAAUCAUCGUCGUUGUCGUAGGCAUUGCAGUUAGCAUGGCCACCGGUGGCCAGAAGGAGCGCGUUCCCAUGAACCUCCUGACACCGUGGGUUCGACCACUGUACCAGACGUUGGACCACACGCCGGAGAAGGGCGAGUACAAGCUCACGCGAAGCUACGAAAUGACCGAAAUAGAGAAAAUUCCUAAAUGA